AUGAAGCUCAUACUUCUGGCCCUCACUACUCUCAUGGUCUCGGCGCCAGCAUCUCCCCUUACGUAUCCCAACUCAAGUCCCCCGGCUGCUCACGAUCCCAAGGUCCUGCCCGGCUUCGACGGCAUGGCCGAUCCCCCAAUCCUGACGACUCCCACGAAAACGGUCGUGGACGAGCACGAAGAAGCCUGCUUCACGAUGUGCGACGCCUCCCUCCUGAGGUUCCAUCCCCAAGUCCAGCGUUGCAAACUCGACUGUGGCGCCGCCUCCCAGCGCAGAAGGAGGGAUCGGCAGCAGGCGGAAGAGGGAGCAACGGAGCACAAGAACCGCCGACGGCAGUCGGACAUCGAGGAGGAGCCGUUCCCGGGCCCCAACCCGUUCCCGCAGGCUGACCCCAACAAGGUCGACACGCACUCGCUCGGCAAGCUGCCCCUUAAGAAGCACCGGCCCGCCCGGAUCGGCAUAGGCGUGCCCUGGGAGCCGAACCCAGCCAUCGACGACUACGUGUACAGGGGCCCCUGCCUCGACAAGCCGUGGUACCAGGACCGACUCUUCUGGCGCUGCUUCGGCAGCUGCGCAUCCGUGCGGAAGGGCAACGUGCCCGGGUGUCGCCAGGGCUGCAUCCGGAACGCCGCGAUGCGGUGCCGGCUGAGGACGCACGGCGAGGCCAACGUGCCUGCGAUCGACUCGUCGGACACGGUGAACCCGCCGAUGCCCACGUGGCCCGUAAUCAACCCUACCUCCGUUCCGCACCCUUACGAAACUACUUGGCAAUCUACAGCAGGGAACUGGAACGACGAUUCGGUUGGCGGUGCUGGAUUCGAGACCGCUUCAUCUUAG